AUGGACUUCUUCCUCCUCAACCUCGCCCUCCUCGACCUGGGCUGCAUCUCCACCACUCUCCCCAAAGCCAUGGCCAAUGCCCUCUCGGACACCAGGAUCAUCUCCUACUCAGGAUGUGCUGCACAAGUCUUUCUUUUCUUUUUUUUGUUUUCAGCAGAGUAUUGCAUUCUCACCAUCAUGGCCUAUGACCGCUACGUUGCCAUCUGCAAGCCCCUGCACUACAGGACCUUGAUGGGCAGCAGAGCUUGUGCCACCAUGGCAGCAGCUGCCUGGGGCACUGGGGUCCUUAAUUCCCUGCUGCACACUGCCAAUACAUUUUCACUGCCUCUUUGCCAAGGCAAUGCCAUCAGUCAGUUCUUCUGUGAAAUCCCCCAGAUUCUCAAGCUCUCCUGCUUAUACACCUACCUCAAAGAAAUUUGUCCUCUUGUGGUCAGUGCCUCUUUAGCAUCUGGUUGCUUUCUAUUCAUUGUUGUGUCCUACGUGCAGAUCUUCAGGGCCGUGCUGAGGAUGCCCUCUGAGCAGGGAUGGCACAAAGCCUUCUCCACGUGCCUCCCUCACCUGGCCGUGGUCUCCCUGUUUCUCAGCACUGCUUUUUUUGCCCAUCUGAGGCCUGCCUCCCUCUCCUCCCCAUCCCUGGACCUGGUGGUGUCAUUUCUGUACUCGGUGGUGCCUUCAGCUCUGAACCCCGUCAUCUACAGCAUGAGGAACCAGUAG